CUGCUAUCUCACUUAAGCCCACCUAGUCUCCAACCUCCUCCCCCACUCUCCCCCACCUCCACGAUGCGAUGCGAUGCCAUGCCAUGCAGCUGCGGAUGCUUGUUGCAGAUCCAUUGCCCUCCCCCGGCCACGGGCUGAGUGUGGGCGGAUCCCGUCCCUCCUUGCUGUGACGAGUCCUGUACAACCAAACCACUCGCCUAUACUCUCUUCUUCGUGUCACGGAACAGCUCUAGUCUCUAUAAGUACCGCCACCUUUCGGCCUGUCUCGAACCAUGUACUCUACAUGGUGGCUGAGAGCCUCCUUACAUGCCCUCGUCGUCGUCAUCCUUACACAGCACGCCGUCCCGCCUCACACCGAGAUCACAACAACACAGCCCGUCCGUCCGUCCACCCCAUCCCUGCCUCCACUCCAAUCUCACUACGAUCUGCACCCCAGCCUCCCAUCUCAGUAAAUGGUCGGCCUCAGUCAUACUUAUGUGCUUAGUCCUCCGGACUGUGUCCACGUCCCGUCCACAACCAGAGCGGGAAACCCUACUUAUUCACGUGUCUGAAAAAAAAA